GUCGCUGUCAGACGCGCUUCCGUGUUUACACUCCAGCCAGAAAAAAAGAAGGGGGGAAAAAACACUGGCGGCUGUUGGGCGAAUGUUUACCGAGCAAGCAUCGAGUGGUGGUGAGGGAAGUGACAGUCACACUGGAGCCUCGGUAACAACACAGGUGAUCGGCUUCCACGGUUGUAUUUGACAGCGGAAUGUUCACUCGAAGGGGCCAUGGAGACGUCAAGAAAUCUACACAGAAAGUUUUGGACCCAAAGAAGGAUGUUCUGACGCGGCUGAAGCACCUGCGCUCACUGUUGGAUAUCAUCGACAAGAGUGAGCUGAAGCUAUUCUUCGAGAGCAAUGGUUCGCAGAUUUAUUUUAUCUUCUAUGAAAAUUUCAUUACACUGGAAAGCAACUUAAAACAAAAAGGGAUCAAGUCUCAAAGGGAGGAGCUGGACUCCAUCCUCUUUAUUUUUGAAAAAAUUCUGCAAUUUCUGCCAGAGAAAAUCUACAACCGGUGGCAGUUUCACAGUAUAGGUUCUAUCCUGAAAAAGCUUCUACACACUGGAAAUUCUUUCAAGAUCCGGUGUGAGGGGAUGCGUCUCUUCCUGCUGUGGUUGCAAGCCUUGAGGGACAAUUGUGCUGAGGAGCAGUUCCUUAUCUAUGCCUGUCUGGUGCCAGGUUUCCCAGCAGUGCCCUCGUCCAGGGGGCCUUGCACCCUUGACACGAUCAUUUACAACCCUUUCUCCAACCCACCUGACGCUAAAGUGGUGCCUGAAGAGAUCACCCCGCUUGUUCCGGCUGUGGCUGGCGAGAAGGGAGCAGAUGACCAGACUUGUUACGUCCUUGAAACCCUUCUCAAGUUCAUGGUUACCCAGGCAUCCAGCUUAGAGUGGAGGAACAAAGAAAACCAGGAGACAGGCUUCAGGUUUCUCUUCAGCCUGUUCAAGAAGUACUACCUUCCGCAUCUCUUCCCCUCCUUCACAAAGCUCACAAAUCUCUACAAGCCUUUAUUAGACCUCCCACAUCACAGACCAAAACCCUUGUAUGUGCCAGUGACAAGGAACAACGAGAGCACCUUCUGCACUAGGGACCAAUACCUGGCUCCCCGUGUAGCCUUCAUCACCUGGCUGGUCACUUUCUUCCUCAAGAAGAAGUAUAUCAGCAGCGCUGCAACAGCGCAGAAUACAAAGAAUGGCCCUGAAGUCCUUCCCAAACUCAUCCAGACUGUCACUGCAGGCAGUAGCAGCCAGGAAAAGGAGAAGGAGAAGACAUCAGAUGGGGACACAAACGGGCCGACGGGGGAGCCUGAGAAGAGCCACUCCAACAGCAGCACACUCUCAGAUCGACGGCCCAGCGAUUCCAGUUUAUGUAGCAUUGAGGAGGAGCACCAGUACGUCUAUGACAUGGUGCAUGCCAUCUUACUAUCCACCAGGGACAAUGUGAAUUUUGUCAACGAGGUCUUCCACCAGGCUUUCCUGUUACCAUCCUGCGAAGCAUCGGCGACCAGGAAGGUGAUCAAAGUGUACCGAAUGUGGAUACUGCAGGAGAAGCCCAGCUUUAUGACUGAGCCAGACAAAACUGCACAAGAUGAUGAAGUAGAUGGUAGCACUGAGCAGAUACUCAGCACAGAGAAUAAUAACAUGCAAGCACAGAUACUUCAGAGUCACGGCCACAAGCGAUCAUCAAGUUGGGGAAGGACCUACUCUUUCAGCAGUGCGAUCAGUCGAGGUUUUCUCACAGAGGAGAAAAACAGGGAUAUCAAGGCGGGCAUCCAGCCCACACUCCAGGUGUUCCUGACAAACUCUUCAAAUGUUUUCCUCCUGGAGCCAUGCCAGGAUGUGCCCAAGCUCCUGGAGAAUCAGGUUGAGGUGUGCAAGUGCGUCCUGAACAUCUACCGACACAUGAUCAUGGAGCACACCAUGAACACAGAGACCUGGGAGCAGAUGUUGCAGGUCCUACUGAGGAUCACUGAAGCAGUGAUGAAGAGGCCAUCAGAAAACCAAAGAAAAGACGGCUUUGCUGAAAGUUUGGCAUCCAUCCUUUUUCGCACCAUCAUUGUGGCAUGGGUGCGAGCCAACCUGUGUGUGUACAUCUCUCGGGAGCUGUGGGAUGAGCUGCUUUCAGUGCUGUCCUCUCUGACUUACUGGGAGGAGUUGGUGACAGAGUGGGCCAGCAUCAUGGACUCCUUGACGGCUGUGCUGGCCCGCUCUGUUUACGGCCUAGACAUGGCCAACCUGCCUCUGGAUAAACUCAGUGAACAGAAGGAGAAGAAGCAGCGAGCACGUGGAGUGAUUCAGGAUUCCCAGAAAGGAGCCGCAGUGGCACGUUCCUUCUCACUAAGUUGGAGGAACCAAGGAGACCUGGGUGGGACAGGAGUUCAGGAACCAAUGAGGAUUCGUUCUGCCACCACGUCAGGUGCUCCUGGUGUGGAGAAGGCCCGCAGCAUUGUGCGACAGAAAGCUUCUGCUAAACGAAGCCAGUCCAUCAGCAACUGUGUUCACCUAUGUGAGGCUUUGCCCACUACUAAAAGCGUUCCUAGCCUGCUCCACACUGUGAGCUCUUUCUUGCCUGGUAUCUCUUCUGGUAACUCUACUUGCUCUCACAGACUCUCAGACGUGGAGGAAUGUCAGCUCUCAGAAGGGGGAGAAGAACUAGGGGGAGGAGAUAGCCCGCUCCUUCGUAGCAGCAGCACCUCAGACAUCACGCAGCAGCUUUCUGACACAUUACAAGCCCAGAAGAGAGAGCCUUCACCUACUUCCUUUGGUUCCGAUAGCGGAACAUCGGAGAGGCGAGAGUGCAGUGAACUGCCAGUUAUCCUGAUCCGCCAAAGCAGCAGUCCAGUUGAGACAGAAAAUAGUGCUGAGGGGUACCAUCACUACUCAAGGGCCAAGCUCAGAGAGAAAAGUGAGAGUAUUAGCAGCGAGACAUCGAAUGGCUAUUUGAAUGAAGCUGAGGUCACCUGGCAGGUGUUUGACGAGGAGGCUGACAAUCAGUCCACCCAGUCAGCUCACAUGGACGUGACCGCUGACCCGCAGAGCCAGGGGAGUCUGCUUCUCAGUCACCAUGAGGCUCUAGCAGGUCCUGAGUGUUCUCUGUCUCCUCACUCUUCACCCCCACCCCAACACAACAUCCACUUCCACUAUCCUCAGAAACCCCCCGCCUCCCCAGCCUUAGUGGUGCACACUGAGUGCCCGCAGGAUUGCCCCCUGGACGACAGCAUUCAUCAGUCUGUCUUACAUAUGCCACACCACUUGGACAGUAGCGAGUGUCUGACUGAUGAUGUCAGCAUCAUUGCGGGUGGGACCCUGACAGGAUGGCAUGCUGAUUCAGCCUUUGUCCUGUGGAGGAGGAUUUUGGGUAUCCUUGGAGAUGUCAACAACAUCCAAUGCCCCAAAAUCCACGCCAAAGUGUUUUCUUAUCUCUAUGAGCUGUGGCAAAAACUUGCAAAGAUUCGAGAUAACCUUGGUAUCAGUGUGGACAAUCAGUCUUCUCCCCCACAGCCUGCUUUCAUUCCUCCACUCCGUAUGCUUGCCUCCUGGCUAUUCAGGGCCACCAUGCUACCAGCAGAUUACAAAGAAGGCAAACUGCAGGCUUAUAAAUUGAUCUGUGAGAUGAUGACCAGACACCAGGAUGUCCUUCCCAACACUGAUUUCCUGGUGCACCUCUACCACGUCAUGCACAAAGGUUUUACUAGCAAUGAUCAGGAUACUUUGAACACCAUUAUCAGUUCCUGCUCUCCAAGAUUUUUCUUCCUCGGCCUGCCGGGUUUCACAAUGCUGGUUGGCGAUUUUAUCACUGCUGCUGCCCGUGUCCUCAGUUGUGACUCUGCAGAGGCUCCCAGGAUGGAGGCUCAAACAAUUCUUGGCUCGUUAGUGUGUUUCCCAAACCUUUACGUCCACGUUCCAGUCCUGCGGAGUGUCCCCGGCUCUGAUGAUGUCCUUGUAGGAAAGGAGGAUAUCAAGGAUUAUCUUGUCAAUAUCCUGCUUGAGGCUGCAACAAAGGAACACUGUGAAGGGGCCAGGUGUAUUGCGGUGUGCAGCCUGGGCCUGUGGGUUUGCGAGGAACUCAUGCAAGCAAAUAUACAUGAUCAGGUGAAAGAUGCCAUCAAUGUCCUGGGAGUAACACUUAAGUUUGGAAACAAAGCUGUGGCUCAGGUCGCCUGUGAAGUGUUUCAGCUCCUCAUCUCUCAUUGGGAGCCUCUCCAAAAUGUGGAGCCGACUCUGCCUAAGAAAAUCAUCGAGAUAUUUGUGGCCACAACAGCCUUUUUGUUGCCGAGUGCUGAGCACUCAACAGCGGAAGCAGACAAAAAGUUGGUGGUGUCCCUGCUGUUAUGUCUGUUGGACUGGUGCAUGGCUGUUCCCUUGAGUCUACUUUUGGAACCGAUUACCACAGCUUUGCUGGAGGACCACACAUCCCACAAAGCCCCCCUACUGGACUACAUCUACAGGGUGCUGCACUGUUGUGUGUCGGGCUCCACCCUCCACACACAACAGAGUCACUAUCUCCUCAGCCUGGCAGACUUGUCCGCUGACUACGAUCUCAUGUUGGGGCAGGUGAAGAGUUUUGAGCCACCACCUUCCCAGACGACCUCUAGCGACUUCCGCAGCUUGCUCACCGUAGCAGAGGAAAAACGGCGUCGGAGCAUGGAGCUGAUUCCACUAACAGCAAGGAUGGUCAUGACGCACCUGGUGAAUCAUUUGGGACAUCAUCCUUUAAACGGAGGCCCAGCCCUCCUCCAUAGCCUAGUGAGCGAAAAUCAUGACAACCCUUACGUGGAGUCGUCCGAGCUGUCCUCAGAGGUCUUCAAAAGCCCCAAUCUUCAGCUGUUUGUUUUCAAUGAUACCACACUGGUGUCCUACCUGCAGAUCCCCGCAGAGACCCCCACUGUCGGUCAACCCCCCAACCCGUCCUCACAGGUGCGCAUCAUUGUCCGUGACAUUUCAGGUAAAUAUUCGUGGGAUGGGACAAUCCUGUUCUCAACGAACCAGGAAGACUGCGAGGAUAUCAGCGUUUUUAAGUCAUUCGAUCAUACGCUUGCAACCACCACUGCCGCCGCUGCGGCACACAGCAAACAUCUGCCCGGUUCUCCAACAACAGGAUCGUCCAAGUAUCAUUUCUCUGUCUCCGAUUCCAUCCCUGACUCCUGCGACUUGGAGGAAGUCGAUUAUCUUCACAAACUUUUGGAGGAUCUCGGUCUGAGCAGCCCAGAAUGCCUCCCCAAAUCUCAACUCAAGCUAAAUCAGCCGGCCCCCUCACCCUUGGGCAUGAACCUUGAGCAGGAAAGUGCCAUCCUCAGUGCCAUUCUUCGUCAGACUCAGCAGGAGGAGGAGCAGGUGAAAAGGUGGGAUGCUGAUGUGAGCUUUCGGGCCUCCUCCCAGAGGGAACCGUCCCACCGGGAACCCAAGGCACCUUUUUAUUACUGUCGACUACUGCUGAAUGACCUUGGCAUGAACUCCUGGGAGCGAAGGAAAAGUUUCCACUUGCUGAAGAAGAACUCCAAACUCUUACGAGAACUAAAGAAUUUGGAUUCUCGACAAUGUCGGGAGACGCACAAGAUCGCUGUGUUCUACAUUGGCGAGGGCCAAGAAGACAAGUGCUCCAUCCUGUCAAACAGUGCCGGCAGCAAGGCUUAUGAAGACUUUGUUUCCGGGCUUGGAUGGGAGGUGGAUCUGGCCACACACUGCGGUUUUAUGGGCGGCCUCCAGAGGAAUGGCAGCACAGGACUAACAGCUCCCUACUAUGCUACCUCCACUGUAGAAGCCAUCUUCCAUGUCUCGACGCGUAUGCCAUCUGAUUCUGAUGACUGCCUCACCAAAAAGCUUCGUCACCUUGGAAAUGACGAGGUGCACAUCGUGUGGUCAGAGCACACCAGGGAUUAUCGGCGUGGCAUCAUUCCAACGGAUUUUGGAGACGUGUUGAUUGUCAUUUACCCAAUGGAGAACUCCAUGUAUUUCAUCCAAAUCAUGAAGAAACCACAGGUUCCCUUCUUUGGGCCUUUAUUUAAUGGUGCCAUCAUCAAUGGGAAGCUGCUGCCAAGCUUAGUGCGGGCCACUUGCAUCAAUGCCAGCAGAGCUGUCAAAUCCCGGCUGACUCUUUACCAGAGUUUCUAUGAAGAGAGGGCGCUCUACCUGGAAGCGAUUGUCCAGAAUCACAGAGAGGUCAUGACAUUUGAAGACUUUGCCUCGCAGGUGUUCUCUCCCUCCCCUGGCUAUCCAACGAGUGGGACAGGUUCCUUCUCCGGCAGCACAAACACUGAAGCCUCCGCCUACUCCUCAUCCGCCUCCGCCGCCGCUACAUCGGCAAACCCUGUUGACCAGGUUUCCCCCAACAUGCCCCGGGCCGCCAGGAACCGAGUCUCAGGAAGACUCCGCCGAUCGGCUAGCGCAAUAAGCAAAUCGUCCAAUUGAGCUGAAAAGCAGCCUGGAAGCUCUGCCUGCAAGAAACCGUGUCAUGUUUUUGUUGUUGUUGUUUUGUUGGCUCGUGGCACAUGAAUCUGUAACUGGGCAAUGCAAUUUUGAAUUUAAGUGGCAAUCACUCACUUUGUUGUGAUGUUUCCUCUUUAAGCAGAACAUUAGCCCGAAGCUGUUUCAGCCACUUUGACAGCGAGCAGUGUCAUUUAUUUUUUUUUCCUCUUGUGUCCUCUAAUGCAUUUGAGGAAACCAAUCUUUCUAGGAAACGGGAGACUUAAUUUACCUUUCGCUCCCUUAUGUUGACUAUUAGUUACCAAAUACUGACUUCCCUUUGAAAACCUUUAUCUGCCUUUCGUCCACCUUCUUUUUGUAUUUGUGUUAAAGGGUGCUACUUGAUUGUAGGGAGCCCCUAACACAAGUUUUGAAUCAUCUGUUUGGUAGCCGCCCUUUGCUGCAGCACAAGUCGCAGCUGCACUUGCUGUUUUUGAAGCCAGAGUGGACAAUCGGUGACAUCUUUCUAACUUGAGUGGAACUGAAAGUUGUUGGAUUCUUCUUCUUUUUUUUUUAAUCACUCUAAGGUUCCUUUUUUUAAACAGAUUCAAAUGGAUUGUGCCAUGAUUUGAUUUAUGCAGCUCUGCUGGAAUGAGAAAAGACUGCGUUUGUAAUUGCAUUGUGAUGUUGUUAACAUGGGCUCGUGUCCGGUAAUUGAAUAAGUUCCUGCUGUCUCUUUCCUCCUCCAUUUGUUUCCCUGUCCUGUGGCAUCGACAUUCCAACAUUCAAGCCAUUGAUUUUUUGUUUUGUUUUUUUUUCUGUCUCUUGGAUCAACUAGCAUUGAAUGCUCUGGGGCGUAUAUUGCUUUAAAUGUUAUUUUCUCUUGUAUGUUUCUUAGAUGUAAAUAGAGAGUCCUAUUUGAUUAAUUAUUUCUACUGUUGUGUCGGCGAUAGCUCUAUAGUUGAUACACUGAUGAGUGUGUGUAUGGAUGAGACAGUUCCUCACACUGCCUGUGGAGUGUCUGUCUGCUCUGAUGUUGUCCCAUGGCCGUUUGAGACAAAACAUGGAACGCCCUUCGACUUGUCUUCUUUAGCCGCGCGUGUUUUUCCCCUCUCCCCCGCGACCCGCAACAAAAACAACAGCAGAUGGAUUUGGAAUGGCUGCUCCUCUUAAUUAUACGUGCGGCGCUUCUCCCUCUUGUCUUUGCCUGCAAAUGGAAUCAAGUGGCUCCUCCUUGUUCCCAUGAUCCACAAGCUUGAGUUUGGCGUGGCAUGCCUGAGGUGAACUCUCAGAGGCCUCCAAGCAACAGCCUGGCUGGCGCUCUCACCUCUCCGGUUGCCAUGGCAGCCAGGUGUUGCCCACACACACACACACACACACACACACACAUACACACACGUAGGUACCCUCUGAGGACUCCACCCAGGCUGCAAAGCUUAUCCCCAUCUGGUGCGUUCGGAUGCCUUACUUUUCCACUCCUCCUCUCACAUCGCCAGCUAUGUUUGUUUGCUUGCUGGUGGAUGCAAACAUGCACCUACUUGAAGCUGGCCAGGUGUUUCUGCUUUUUGUCUAUUUGGAAGAGGAAGAAUGUAUAAAUCCCGACACCGUCAAGGGUUUUUACUUCCCCUAUAAAGUCACUGAAAAUAAACAUCUAACGAUUGUAGCAAUAGUGAUUUUUUUGUGUGUGUGAGUGUGUGUGUGUCAUUGCGGGUGUUUGAGCGUUUCUUGUAUGUACACGGUGUCAAAUCUGAGGGCUUGAUCACCUUCUUAAUAUAAAUAGAUAAAUGCCAGUAAUAUAUUCUUUGUAUAAGAGCAAGAGGGGGAUUUAAAGGCAAAAAAAAGCUUGAAGAUUUCGUCUUUUGUCAACAUAUCACAUGUUUUUAAUGAUCCGCAAUCUUUUAUUAGAGAUGUGAAAAUUGAAACAUUUCAUUAAAUGCAAUUUGAAAUUGUA